CAGUUGGAUACAUAUCGUCUACCAUUAAUCUCAAUUACCUAGCACCCAGUCAAUCAGCAAAACAACCAAAUCAUUUCUGCGCAUUUUAACAUUUUUAUCGUCAUAAAUAAAACAAGUAGGUUUGGAAACAGAAAUCACUUCAAGCAAAUGGAAAUAAUCUGAAAUGAUUUCGACUUGGGUUUAAGUCUCAUGCUGAUACCAGACGUCAUUAAUUACCGUAGUGUCGUGCGCAAAAAAAAAUGCGUUAGCUUUUCUUGGAACUCAUUUCGAGAUUUUGAUCGCCCAUCCUUUGCGCACGAGAAUGUAUCGAUACUACCUAGAAAAACAGAGGUAAAAACGGCAAUAAUCUUCCAUGAACACAACAUCCUUUGUGAAAAUGCUGUGAAACUUUGGACGCAUAGUGUACGUCUGUCUGGAAAUAUUGAACGAGUGAUACUGGGGGCCAAAAGUGUCAGGGAUGUCAGGGACCUGUUUCUUUCAGUUUUUGGCAUUCGACCUCUUUUUCAGCUAGACUUCACACUAUCUUUUAAAAAUGUCUUUCGCUGUGGUAAUCAGAGGUGGUAAAGAUAAUCAGUACACGAAACCGCUUGGAACUUCUAUUCACCUCUCCAAAGCGUACCUUGAAAUAAGCGAACCACUAAAGGAUGGAGAGACUAUCACAUUGCGUAGAUUCAAACAGUCUCUUGGCGGUGGAGUGAUUUGCGCUCUCUUCAACAGCAAUAGAGAUGAAGUUUCUCUCGAUUUGACAUUUCCUGUUGGAAAAAAGGAUACACUUUUCGUCGAUGCCAAUGAUCAUCCUUCAGCACGAAUCCAUCUCACUGGGUCUUUUAUUGUUGAGCCCUAACCCCUUUCAGUUGUGAAAGCUCAUCGCGUAAUUUUUCUUGAAUUUCACGUUAAACGUUUUGAAUCCGUGUUGCAACUUGCUCAUUCCUUUUCCUUAUAAAUAUAAGCUCAUUCUGCCUAGAUAUUAUCGUUCUACUUGACUCUUUGUAUUCAGAUAUAUUCCUUUUGCGCAAGCUAGAUCGUGCAUCGCAGUUCCGAUUUUAUUUUGUCACCUUUCCUUUAGUUAAGAUCUCAAUAGACACGAGACUCGAGAUUAUCAAAAGGUGACGUACAUUUUAUGAAAGACGACUGGUGUUGGUGUGUUAGCGCAGACCUGGUGAGUGGUGGCACACCUGGUUCCCAUUCCCACUGACUCACUUUUUCUGACACCUGUUGCUCCGUCAUAUACUAGGUGGGGUUUUUAUUCAACGGUUGUCAUAUUCUAGAAUGUUCUAUUUAGUUUUUGAAACAUUUAGACCAGAUGAUGCGCAUGUGCUGUUUAUUUUUUUAAAUAAAGUGUACAGUAGCAGUAGAUUAGUAUAAAGGUCCUCAUAUUUCGUUUAAAAUACGCGAAGUUCUAUUUUCCGAGUAACACUGAAAAGAGAACGCUUUAAAUAACAUUAUUUUCAGCUAUAUAUGGGAUUAAAUAAAUGAAAACCACGGGAAGUUUAAAUUUAUUUGUGUUAGAUAAUUUAUUGUCAACUUCCCGUCUACAAAUGAAAGCAUUGUAUCAAUCAAAGACUAUUUCAUGUUUAUUAAUAAUAGAAAAGUGGUAUA